AGUACACCUGUAUCCCGAGACGUACAAAAAACGUCCUUGGGACUAUUGUUGUUACAAGGGUUUGCGCGCCAAGUGACUGCCAAAAUCGGCGCACGCCGCGAUGCGCGGGAAACGAAGCGUCAGUCGAUCUCGGACAGUACGUAGGCGCGCACGUGACGCCGGCUUUUAGGUUAGAAUUGGCGCGGUUUUACAGCCAGGUGCGCAACGCCCCCGUCUACCGCGCUCCCCGCUUACUACCUGACAGCUGUUUUCUCUCGGGAGAUUAGUCAGAUGUUCCUGUAACCAGUCGGAGCUCACCUGACGCGAAACCAUGGCCGCGGGCGGACGCACACCUAAGCAGAGAAGAUUCGAAAUAUCAGCUGUUAUGGGAAGAACUACUCCAAGAAGACGACGCGGGAGUUGCAAGUGCCUAUUUGGGGCACCCGACCGGGACGAAACUAAACGUCUGAUGGCGGAGCAGUACGCUAGAGAUAGGAAGCGUUUUAUUAAACGGUUUAAUUUUGAUGUGGAAACCGACUGUGCGUAUAAACCAUCAAAGCUGGAUUCGCCGGUUAAGUUCUGUGAGGAAAAAGAAAGCCCUAGGACAGGUGUGGAGGCCUUGGCGUGUGUUGAGAAUACUGAAGUGAGGGUAUUGGGGUCACCGUCUAGAAGAAGUGCUGGAAGUUCGCCAAGAACGCCGCGGACACCAAAGACGCCCAGGGCUUCGAGGACACCACGCACACCUAGGACUCCAGCAUCUAGAAGACAGCUACAAAUGACAGAUUACUGGACGUUAAGAAAACACGCUGACCCGGCAUCGGAUAAGGAAAAUUAGCUGAAAUUGUUAUAACCUUAAAUUAUUCAAGAGAUAUAUAAUGGAUAUAUAUUGUACUGGACUAACUUUUUCAUACAUUUCUUACACAAUGUAUGAAGGACUGUCUAGUAUGAAUAGAAAUUGUAUUAUAAACGUAGAUUAACGCCCGUAUGUUUAAAUAACCAGUCGUAAUUAUUACACGUCGUACUUCGUGAUAUUAUCUAAUAGUCACGACACAUUUUUAGAAUACGUAAGCAGCGCUCUGUGGGUGUAUUUAGAACUAUAGUUUAGUUCUAAAUACAAACACGGUCCCUUUGAAUAACAAUGGGCUAUUUGACAAGGUAUUAAAAUCUAUAUAAUUUUUUUUUUGGCUUGAAAAUAUUUAAUUAAAAAAUGCUAAAUACAAGAUGGCGU